AUGAGCAGGCAGGCGCCGACGGUCAGGUCCGUGCUGGGGCGAAGAGGUUUCAGUUCGGCCUCGGAGAUCUGCGGCCGAAGCUAUGCAGCCUCUGCCUGCCAGCCUGGGAGGUGUGGAGCUGGAGCCUACAGCAGCAGAAGUGUCUGCAACCUGGGUGGGAGCAGGAGAAUCUCCUACGUCAAUGGGGGCUGCGGCGCUGGAUGCUUCGGGGAGUUGGGCUUCAGUGGCGCCGGCUGCGGCAGCACCGGAGGCAGGGUUGGGCUCUGCGGCCCCAGGGGCUACAGCAUCGUCAGAGGCUACCCCGAGCGCAAGGCUGAGGGCAUCCAAGGGAUCUGCAUCGACGAGAGGCUGCUGAAGCCUCUCUGCGUUGGGGUUGACCCCCUGGAGCAUGAGAUCCGCUGUCAGGAGAAGGAGCAGAUCAAGACUCUCAACACCCAAUUCGCCUGCUUCAUCGACAAGGUCAGGUUCCUGGAGCAGCAGAACAAAGUGCUGGAGACCAAGUGGGGCCUCCUGCAGCAAUAUGUCCUGCCCAAGAAAGGCAAGAACCUGGAGCUCUACUUCGAGAACUACAUCUGCGACCUGCGGAAGCGCCUGGACUGCCUGCUCUGCGAGAAGCAGAAGCUGGGCAGUGAGGAGUGUGCCACCAGCCAGCUGGUGGAGGAGUUCAAGUGCAAGUACGAGGAGGAGAUCAACAGGCGCACGACGGUGGAGAACGAGUUCGUGGCACUCAAAAAGGAUGCAGACUGCAUCUUUCUGAACAAGGAAGAGCUGGAGGUGAAGGUGGAUCUGCUGAGGCGGCAGCUGGAGCUGCUGAAGUGUGUGUUCGAGGAGGAGCGAGCCCAGGUGGACAGGCAGCUGUGUGACACCUCAGUCGUCGUCAAGAUGGACAACAACCGCGACCUGGACAUGGAGAGCAUCAUCAAGAACGUGGAGUGCUGGUACCAAGAGAUCGCUCAGAAGAGCAAAGAGGAAGUUGAUGCUUUCUACCAAACCAGGUUCCAGGAGCUGCAGGACAAGAGGGGCAAAUACUGUGACGAUCUGCAGAGCAACAAGUGUGAGAUCUCCGAGCUGAGCCGCAUGGUGCAGAAGCUGCAGUGCGAGCUGGAGAGCGCCAAGAAGCAGGUCUCCUGCCUGCAGACCUCCAUUUGUGAUGUAGAGCAGCGUGGGGACUGUGCCCUCAAAGAUGCCCGGGAGAAGCACAUUGAGCUGCAGAAUGCCCUCCAGAAGGCCAAGGAUGAGCUGGCCUGCAUGCUGAGGGACUACCAGGAGCUGCUGAAUGUCAAACUGGCUCUGGACAUCGAGAUUGCAACAUACAAGACCCUGCUGGAGGGUGAAGAGAGCAGGAUAUGUGUGGGGAACCCUGUGAGUGUCUCUGUGGUCAGCAGCGGCUACAACCUCCCCGAGGAGUGCGGGAUGCUGGCUGCGGGCGGCGCUGCCUGCGGCUACGGCUCCCUGGGCAGAAGGUCUGGACGCCACAGCUCCCAGAACGGAGGCUUCAGCUCCCGGAGUGCUGGCAUCCACCCCAAGAGGGUGCUCAGCUCCGUGGCCAAGCAGUGUGUGCCGGAGGUCUUCUGCCAAGCCGGAGCGGGCAGCUGCAAGAGCGGCGGCUUCAGCUCCCGCAGCGGCGGGUACCCAGCCCGCACCCUGCUCAGCGCGGGCAGCCCUGCCCUGAGCGCCAGGAUGGGGCCCUGCCAGCCCGCAGGGGUGCUCAGCUUCGGCAGCCAGGGCUGCGUCGUCAGGCAGCUGGCAGGUUCCCCUGUCGUGGUUGCCAGCGGCCCUGAGGUCGUGGGGUGCAACAGCGGCGUGGUGCCAGGGGGCUUCGGCGUGGUCAGAGAGCCUUGUGUCGUGCCCUAG